GCGCAGGGCGCAGAAGGCAGCGCGGCUGCAGAGGGGUGCCGUGGCCCACACCCCAGGAGGAUGUGACCCACAGGGCCAGUGCCACCGGGGCAGCGAUCGCGCCUCCCAUGGGGCGGCCCAGGUGGACGUGGCCCCUAAAGAUGUUGAUGCCCUUCUGAGAAGCAGGACCCUGGCACAGGACACGGGUCUGGGUCCCCAACCCCACUCCCAUCAACAGCAGGCGCCCCGGUCCUCAACUCCAGAUGAGACGCCUACCACUGAGAAUAUGAAAGUGUCACUCGGAGUUGUCCAUCUCAUGGUGCUACUGAUGUCUUCGGAGGCUGAUAAAUGUGUUGAGCGUGAAGAACACAUCACUUUAACUUUACUGGCCAACGAAAUUGCUGUUAGCACCUGCAACCUUCACGAGAGCGAAAACAUAGGUCCUGUGAUUUGGUAUGAAAACGAUGGCAAGACGCCUGUAUCUACGGAUCCUAACUGCAGGGUCAGUCAGCAGAAAGGAAAGCUGUGGCUUGUCCCUGCUAAGGUAGAGGACUCGGGACAUUAUUACUGCACCGUGAGAAAUUCGACUUUCUGUGUCCAACGUAAAAUAACUGCACGUUUUGUGGAGACCGAGCCUGACUUGUGUUACAACAGACAAGCCACAGUUAUACAGAAGCUGCACAUUGCGGGAGACGGAAGGCUGGUGUGCCCCUACUUAGAUUCUUUCAAAGAUGAAAAUAAUGAGUACCCCAAAGUGGAGUGGUAUAAGGACUGCAAACCGUUACUUCUCGACGACGAGGCGCCGUUCGUGGGCUUCCAGAACACGCUGCUGGUGAAGAACGUGGCCCCGGAGCACCGCGGGAACUACACCUGCCUCGCGGCCUACACGCACCUGGGCAGGGAGUAUCGGAUCUCGCGCGUGAUAGAGUUCCUGCCGCUCGAGGAAAUCAAGCCCAACAAGCCUGUGAUUCUGGCCCCCAAGAAUGAGACCGUGGAGGUGAAGCUGGGAUCCAAGACAGAGUUGAUCUGCAAUGCCACGGGCUACUAUAUCGACUCUGUCUACUGGAUGUGGAACGGGUCCACGAUUGCUGAGGAUGACCCAGUCCUGGUGGAAGACUACUAUUACAGUUUUGAAAAUCCUUCCGCCGCAUACAGAGACACAAUCAUCGCGAUGCUCAACAUUUCAGACGUCAGAAGUCCGUUUUACCUGCAUCCGUUCACCUGUGUGGCCCUGAAUGAUCGCGGUGUCGAGGUAGCACAUGUCCAGUUUGUACAGCCAGUCCCUGAUUUCCAGAAGUACUUGAUUGGAGUAUUUGUCACGUUGACAUUUGUAAUUAUAUGCUCAGUUUUCAUCUAUAAAAUCUUCAAGGUUGACAUCGUGCUCUGGUAUAGAGAUUCCUGCUAUGAUUUUCUCCCCCAAAGAGCUUCCAGUGGAAAGAUCUAUGAUGCUUAUGUACUAUAUCCGAAGACCCUCACGGAAGGGUCCACCUCGAGCUCAGAUAUUUUUGUGUUUAAAAUCUUGCCUGAGGUCCUGGAAAAACAGUUCGGAUAUAAGCUGUUCAUUUAUGGAAGGGAUGACUAUGUUGGGGAAGAUAAAAUUGAGGUCAUGAAUGAAAGCAUCAGGCAAAGCAGGAGGCUGAUCAUCAUUUUAGUGAGAGACAUAGCGGGCUUCAGCUGGCUGGGCCACUCGUCAGAAGAGCAAAUUGUGAUGUACAAUGCCCUCAUUAAGGAAGGAAUUAAGGUGGUGCUGGUUGAGCUGGACAAAAUCCAAGACUAUGAGAAAAUGCCAGAGUCCAUUAAAUUUAUUAAGCAGAAACAUGGGGUCAUCCGCUGGUCAGGGGACUUGAGAGCAGGACCACAGUCUGCAAAGACCAGGUUCUGGAAGAACAUCAGGUACCAUAUGCCCGCCCUGCCACUGUCCCCUGUGUCCUCACAGCAGUUGCUGGCCAAGGCCAGCAGACAGGACUCCACGGACACACUGCAGAGCAAAGUUCGCUUGCCGCUCGGGUAGCUGGAGUGGCCAGCGGAGGUUCUUUGGGUACCUCUUGUCUCAUGGUGCUGCAGAAAGGCUGUGCCCUGCUGGCUUCUGUGGUCCUGCAAUGGCCCGUCCAGUCGGCCCACACUACCACCUGCGGUCAGAUCCGUGAGGGUGCAGGACUUGGUGACAGCAGCAGCCCGGCGUGAUUCGGAGCAGCGGCGUGGGCCUUGCUAGUGGGUAACCAGUGCCCUCCCUGAUGCCCGAGCUGCUGAAGAGAGGGGCCUGGAAGCAAAGGUGUGCAGGGCCUGGCUGCCCUCUGUGGGAGGACUUGUGAAGCUGUCCCCAGCCACGCUGGGGACCUAGCUGGUCACGGCCCAGAGCUCUGUCCUGGGCUGCGCUGUUGGUGGAGCAAGACCCAGCCAGUGGAGGAGGGCAGCGGGUUCUUGGAGAACUCCCAUGCUUUGCAUUUUCCAUCCAUGACCACAUCCUGCAGGCCGUUUCCAAAGGCCAGAUUGUGCGUACUACGGUGACAGUUGUCAUUUUGGUGAAAAGGGUUCUCUGGAUCCCACGGUGGUGAAGUCACUACGGCUUUCCUCAGAAGAAAGAGGAUCUGAAAGUGGUGGUGGUGGCGUCAGACCACCUCUUCCAGCUGUCCUCCGGGGACCAGCAAGAGCCAGUCCUUCCUUCUCACGCGUUUUACUCUGUUCCUUGUUUCCUUGCAAGGACAGCUCUGUCGGGGUUUACUCCCUCUGCUGUCCCUAGAUGCGGCACCUCUCACCUCCUGGCCCCUGUGGACACACUUGUGAGGUAUGCCCUGCUCAAAGCCAGGGGCAGCUCUCCCGCUGUCAGGGUCACCCACCUGUGUGUCGCCCCGCCCAGCUCUCCCACCCACCCUCACCCACCUGUGAGCCCCAGGUGCUGCCGCACCUGUGCGCUCUUGUGUGUGCUCUGGCUGGCCAGGAGUCACCUUGUGGGUGCUUGUGCCUGCGCUGUGGAUCCCGCAGCCCGCCCUCUGGGGCCCUCUGCCCUUCCUGCUCCUCUGCUAAUGCUGCCCAGCGGCUCCCGCUGCAGCAGGGAGUGGGGACCUCUCUCUGUCCUUUACUUCCUUCCAUGAGCUAUUUGCACACGACAUAGAUUUCUAAAGUGCCUGUUUGUUUAAAAUGUCUUCUGAUAAUUGUAUUUAAUUUUUUUAAAGUAUUCUAAUUUUAUGUAAAAAAAAAAAAAAAGUGACAAACCAACCAAAGAACCUCAGUUCUGGUGGCCCGAGGGCAUGGGCCUUCCUUUCUGGCUUCUCCUUCACUGCUCUGAGUAGUUGACUUCCGGUCAUUAACUGUCCCUUUCCUGCACUUCGGUGCUCAAGUGAGAAGAAAUGGUAGCUUCCUGGUGGCAAUAGAGCCCGGGAAUGUUUUCAUGUAGGAAACAAAUUUGAAAUUUUUCCAUGUUGGAAUUUAUGAAAAUUAUGUUUAGGUUUUACGAAGACCCUUUUCACCUUCUUUCUUUCCCGAAAGGCAGCUAUCUCUUCGCCAAGUAAAAUGAAAAUCAAAUUGGGCUUUGGGGCAUAGAAAUAAAUUAUUUCUUAAAAAAUUGAUGCAAGUGCUGAGAGUAGGUGGAGCCGCCGUGGGGAGGGUGGAGCUCCUGCUCCUGCUCCGCCUACCAGAGGGCUCAGGCUCAGGUCUGGGAAUCGUGUGACCGGCGCAGGCCUUCUGUUUUCAUGCUCUUAGGACUUUAUGAUGUGGGUGAGCACACGUGUACUUGGAAGACACGUCCCCUCCCCCCCCGGUCCCCACAGUCCCCUCCCGGCCUAUCUUACCCUGGUCCUGGCUCACAGUUCCGAAGAAGAGGAGGAUGGCUUUGAGCUGCUGUUGGAACGAAGGCCUGAAGGUCACCUGCGUCCCGCAGAUGCCCCUGGAAGUCCAGUAGGGUUGGCUGUGUCGGGACCUAAUGGCCUACGAGAUGCUCUGAAGGCUUUUGCCCCUGGUCACUAGUGGACCGUCCAGAAUGCACCCUGGCAUGCACAGCGCGGGCCCAAGCCAAUCUUGAAGCUCAGAACUAGUGAUGGAUGGGGAUGCGGGGCCAGCCAGGCGUGAGAGAGCGUGGCGCCUGGCGCUGGGGGGGGGGGGGGGGGGGCCAGCAUCAGGAGGGUGGCCCAGUGCAGGGUCCCGGGCAGAAAGCACGGAGCUGCUCCGUCUCGGGGACCCUGAGGACGAGGCCGCGUCUCCGGCCCUGUGAACUUCCCGAGUUGUUAUCAUCCCCUAACUACAAAGCACAAAUAAAGCUGCCUUUGAAAGCUCUGUCAUGCUUUGCCCAUGAAUUGGAUUUCAUAGCACACUUUCUAAUCGUAGUU